AUCACGUGCGAGGUGGAGGCGUACCCGCCGCCGGUCGACUUCCGCUGGAGCUUCAACCACUCGGGCAGCUCGGACGCCGUGGUGGAAGUGCCCGAGGCGCGCUUCCGCUCGCAGGGCGGGGCGCGCGCCGCCUCCGUGCUCACCUACACGCCCGUCAGCGAGCUCGACUACGGCACGCUCAUGUGCACGGCCUUCAACACGGCCGGGCAGCAGCGCGACGCCUGCGUCUUCCACAUCAUCGCCGCCGGUCGGCCGGAGCCGCCGCUCAACUGCACGCUGGUGAACCAGACGACGGGGUCGCUGGAGGUGGACUGCGUGGAGGGCUUCGACGGCGGCCUGCAGCAGCUCUUCCUGCUGGAGGUGUUCGACCUGGAGAGCGGGCAGCUCGCCGCCAACAUCUCCUCCCGCUGGCCGCGCUUCCUGGUGGAGGGGCUGCGCGCCGGCCGCUCGCUCAAGAUGCUCGCCUUCGCCGCCAACAGCGUGGGGCGUAGCGAGCCGCUGGCGCUCGAGGGCUUCACGCUCAAGCAGGCCGAGAAGCGUACCGGUGAGGCUUCACCCGCGGCCCCUGCCCCGGCCUUUGGCUUCACUCUGGUGCACGCGCCUUGCUCCCUUUCCUACCGCUAG